AUGAGUUUGCCUUGUCACCGGACGAGUAUGCAGGAUGCCUGCGAGUGUUCCAGGAGAGGGGAAGUAAAAACGCUCGCUGAUUGGUUAGAGUAUUACAACAAUCUUGCUGUCGGACCAUUCCUGGAAGCGCUGGAGAAAAUGAGAGGGUUUUACUCAGGGCUUGAUGUUAACAUUUUCAAAGACUCUGUGUCGCUUCCGGGUGUGUCGUUGCAAUAUCUCCUGCAUGGAACGAUACAGGGUUUGAACGCCCCAGAGUUGUACGCGCCGGGGAAGGAGGCGUACGAGAUACUCAAAGGGGCAGUCAUGGGCGGACCAAGUCUGGUUUUCACCAGAAAGUAUGAGGGGGCGGAGGGGGGGGACGGCGAUAAGAUUGCGUAAGUAUGAAAACGCUCGCACGUGCCAGCGGAUGCUCGAUUACGACGCCAAUGCGUGUUAACCAAACACCAUGCUGCAGGAAAUGCCGUGCGGACCCGGAAAAGUGGUGUAUUACGAGAUUCCCGCCGAAGAGGAUGAUAGGUUAGUAAGCCGGCCAAGAGAGAAAAUGUGGUUCGGUUUUGCGCAGGUGGAUAUCAGAGUCCUAAGGGAGCUGUGGGAAAAAUGCGAAGAAUUUCCGCCUUUGUUUACGACGGUUGUAUUCCAUCCAAGGUGAUUCCGAAGCACAUGAAAGAUUAUUUCGAAAGAACCAAGCGAACCGGCCGGGUUACAAAAUGAUACGUUUUGUAGGCGGCUCGCGGGGAUGAAGAUAUUGCUUUACGCUCCGCUCUUAGGAUGGUAUCUCGAUCAUGGUCUUGA